AUGCCCCGCCAACAGAUCAACCUAGAGCCCUACCGCGACGAAAUAGUAUCUCUCUAUCAUGAUGGCGUCAGUAGCGACUCUAUCAGCCGCGCUCUCGAGAACCGACAUAACAUCCAGGUCAAAGAGCGCACCAUCCAGACCCGCCUCCGAAAGUGGGGAAUCCGAAAGCGACAUCGCACGACAACCGGAGAUGAGGCUUUGCACACGCGCAUCAAGAUCUUAUUCUGGCAGGACAGACUGACCGACAAGGCUAUGCUCAAAAUGCUGCAGCAGGAAGGCUACGGUAUUUCUGAACGCACCCUACGCAGAUUACGGUUCAAGUUAGGCCUCCAUAUCAGAGCUUCAUCAGAGCAAGAGCACCAGCAGGACCAGCGACAGAUGCCGAUCUUGAUACCCAUGCUCCCUCUGCACCUUGCGCCAGAUGUCUCGCCAGUAUGA